CUUCUGCCUUUCCUAGCCUCAGGGGGACUCCGAAGGCGGCCCCAGGUGGCAUACAGCACCAAGGAGGAGAGUGCUGCAAGACCUAUUGGGCGGUACCCGGUACCCAAUAAGAAGGACAUGCCGUAUGACAUUGUGGAGCUCAUGGAGGAAGUGGAAAUGAAGAUUGGAUUUCUGCCCAAUGUGUUCAAAGCCAUGUCUCACCGACCUGCUGAAUUCAGAGCUUUUUUUGCUUAUUACAAUGCCAUUAUGAACAAAGACACAGGGCGACUCAGCAAGGCAGACAAAGAGCUCAUAAUUGUGGCUACAAGUGCUGUGAAUAGAUGUCCCUACUGCGUGGUUGCACAUGGAGCGCUUCAUCGGAUAUAUUCCAAGCAGCCAGCGCUGGCUGACCAGGUCAUUGUGAACUGGAAACUGGCUGACCUGAGUGACCGGGACCUAGCAAUGCUGGAGUUUGCUCUUGCAGUCUGUCGAGCUGAUAACAUUACUGAAGAGCAUUUCCAGAAGCUGGAGAGGCAUGGUUUUGACCGCGAAGAUGCCUGGGACAUAGGCAUGAUUUCUGCUUUUUUUGCCAUGUCUAAUCGCAUAGCUCAUUACAUUGACCUGCGCCCAAACAAGGAGUUCUACACCAUGGGCAGGACGCCCCGUGGAGGGGAGGAAGCCGAGCAUGCCUGACGGGGC